AGAAGACCGUGCCAUGGAUGAGCCCUUCCGGACAGUGUCAGGAUCUGUGCCCUCGGAAACACUCCUGGCCGAAAGGACGCGCAGUCCAAAAGGUAAGAUGGCGCUUGCACUGGAAGCCUCGAUGGCGGGUUUUUCGAAUGAUGGAUGCGUUUCCUGGGCAGAACUUUCAGUCGCAGGCCUCCAUCCCGGGUGGCUUGGAGGCAGGAGCUGCAGUACAACUCCACAAGGCCCGAUGCGAGGUUGCUUCAGAAGCCCCUGGCGGCUUCGUUUUGGGCCCUGGCGGGCCCAAUGCACAGCUGCGCUCCGGCACGGUGUACUUUCGGGAGGCUAGUCCCGAGGAGUUGGUGAAAGCUAAGAUGUCCUUGCCGGGCUCCUGGCUGUGCUGCCCAUUACCGCACCUUGAGAAGGUAUGCAACGGUGCUGAGAAGCGCCUGCGUUUGGUGGUCAUCACCUCCCAAGAUGAGUUUGAUGAGACCUGUUACACAGACCCUGGCGUGGAUGUGUCCACCUCCGGCAACGGACGGAAGCUGGCCACGCACGCCAUGCUGCGAAGUCUAUUGGAAGAGUCCUUCAAGGGAUCCAUCGUGGUGUCCUGCAUCCUGAUCUUGGACUUUCAAGCCCUAGCCACAGGGGAGUCCCUGCUGCGCUGCCGCGCGCCGCUGCCGGUGGAGGGACCGCAGAUCAUGCAGGUCCACAUUCAGCAUUUCGGUGUGGUGGAGGUUUGCCGAGGAGACUUCGAGCAGCUUUUGGUGGCAGGCAGCGAUUUGGAGGCAGAACUGGCGAUUUCCACCUCAGUCAGGCGUGACAUGCUCACGUUGCUCCACACGAUCAAAGCUCAAAGUUUCGCUGCAAUGAGUCAUGACUACAACAUUCCCUACGGCCCCUGGGGGGUUCGGGAGGGGAAAUCCUAUCACCAGAACCACCUGGACCUUUUGGAGCGGACCUUGUUGUUGUGCACAUCUAGGCAUUUGGCGGAGUACCUGACACGCUGGUCUGGUGGCAAAGUUUCCACCAGACUCUGUUAUUGCGCCGACUAUGGUUAUUUCGAUCGCUACUUGGGCGAUGCCGACUCGGAAGGACGCUUCGUGACCUUCAUCAGCCCGUGCCCGGCCAAAGGUCUUUGUAUUUUCCUCCGCGUGGCCAGAAGUCUUCCAGCGCUUCGUUUCUUGGCAGUGACCACCCUUUGGACCAAGUCCAUCCACGAGAAAGCGCUACAAGAACUGCCCAAUGUGGUGAUAUGUCCCGGUCGCAAUGCCGUGGCAGAAAUCUACAAGAAAACCGCCGUGCUUCUGGUUCCUUCCAUUUGGUCAGAGGCCUUCGGAUUGGUGGCCGUGGAGGCGCAGCUUCGCGGCAUUCCAGUGGUGAGCAGCGACCACUAUGGCUUGAAGGAGGCCAACAUGUGUGAGGAACUUCGUGUGCCAGUGCAGCUCGUCCAGGACAUGCGCAUCCGUACCCUUCACCGUGGUCACAGCAUUGACGAACUAGAGCAAACGUUACCGCACAUGAGGGAAGAGCUCAAAGGCACGGAGGAGGAGAUCAGGCUCAAUGUGGCCAAAACGCAUUUGUACGUGGCAACUCCACAGGAAGCAGCUGGUUUCACGGAACGUGUGCAGCGUUUGAUGAUGGACAAGACCUGGAGGAAGGAAAAGGGGGCAGAAGCCCGGCAGCGCGCAGAGGGCUUCGUGCAGAGCCGUCAAGGAUGUUUUAAAGACUUCUUGGAUGAGAUGAAAGUUGCCAUGGCCAUCUGACCUGCGAGCUGGUGCGAAAGUGUGUAAACCAACUGGUGAAUGGUUGGUAGACCUGGUUUGUCAUAGGUUUUUCUCUAGCCUUUGCUCAACCCCGCAGUCCACUGUGGGCUGAUAGUGACAGGAGAUCUCCAAACUGUGUGUUUGGCAUCGCAAAAA